UGGUUGGUGAAUGUCCUCAGUUUGAUUCAGUAUAACUCUCUGCAUACGAUUCUGUUACACCUAAACCCCCUCUCACGGUUGCUCCUCCUUUCUUCGACUAAUAAGACCACACAAGAGAAGAAGAAAAGGAAAUAUUCGUACGGAGAGAGAAAUGGCGCAAGUUAACAAAAUCUGCAAUGGAGCUCAAAAUAAUUAUGCCUUCCCCAAUCUUUCAAAGCCCCAAAGACCCAAAUCUCUACCUUCAGUUUCAUUUAAAUCACAGUUUCACGGGUCUCCGAUUUCUCGGGGUUUAAUCCAGUGUCAGAGAAGGGGUGACUGUACAGUUAGGAUGGGUUCUAUUCGAGUUUCAGCUUCAGUCGCCACAGCGGAGAAGCCGUCAACGGUACCAGAGAUAGUAUUGCAACCCAUUAAAGAAAUCUCCGGUACGGUCAAGUUGCCGGGUUCCAAGUCACUGUCCAAUCGGAUUCUCCUCCUCGCUGCGCUCUCUGAGGGGACAACUGUUGUUGAUAACUUAUUGAAUAGUGAUGAUGUUCGUUACAUGCUUGGUGCAUUGAGAACGCUUGGACUACAUGUAGAGGACAAUAGUGAACUUAAACAAGCCAUUGUAGGAGGUUGUGGUGGUUAUUUUCCAGUGGGUAAAGAAUCAAAGGAUGAUAUUGAACUUUUCCUUGGAAAUGCGGGAACAGCAAUGCGUCCAUUGACAGCUGCAGUUACUGCAGCAGGUGGAAAUUCAAGCUACAUACUAGAUGGGGUCCCACGAAUGCGAGAGAGACCAAUUGGGGAUUUGGUUGUUGGUCUUAAGCAGCUUGGUGCAGAUGUUGCUUGUUCUCCCACAAACUGCCCCCCAGUUCGUGUAAAUGCAAAGGGAGGCCUUCCUGGGGGAAAGGUUAAGUUGUCUGGAUCAAUUAGCAGUCAGUACUUGACUGCUUUGCUCAUGGCUGCUCCUUUGGCUCUUGGAGAUGUAGAAAUUGAGAUUAUUGAUAAACUGAUAUCCAUUCCUUAUGUUGAGAUGACUUUGAAGUUAAUGGAACGCUAUGGAGUUAAUGUAGAACACAGUGGUAGCUGGGAUCGUUUCUUCAUCCGAGGAGGUCAAAAGUACCGGUCUCCUGGAAAUUCUUAUGUCGAAGGUGAUGCUUCAAGUGCCAGUUAUUUCCUGGCUGGGGCUGCAAUCACUGGUGGAACUAUUGCCGUUGAGGGUUGUGGGACAAGCAGUUUGCAGGGAGAUGUAAAGUUUGCUGAGGUUCUUGAGAAAAUGGGAGCUAAAGUUACCUGGACAGAGAACAGUGUUACUGUCACUGGACCACCACGCAACUCUCCUAGCCAAAAGCACUUGCGUGCUGUUGAUGUCAACAUGAACAAAAUGCCUGAUGUUGCUAUGACGUUGGCUGUGGUUGCACUCUUUGCAGAUGGCCCUACUGCCAUAAGAGACGUGGCAAGUUGGAGGGUGAAAGAAACAGAACGGAUGAUUGCCAUUUGCACGGAAUUGAGGAAGUUGGGAGCAACAGUUGAAGAAGGACCCGAUUACUGUGUGAUAACUCCACCAGAGAAACUAAAUGUGGCUGAGAUUGACACUUACGAUGAUCACAGAAUGGCCAUGGCAUUCUCUCUUGCUGCCUGUGGAGAUGUUCCAGUCACAAUCAAGGACCCUGGUUGCACACGAAAAACUUUCCCCGACUACUUUGAAGUUCUGGAGAGGUUCACUAAGCAUUGAGCCACAAUUCAAUGUUCGUAAUUUAUAUGAAAUAGAGGUCACCUGAAAACCAUAAUCGUGCAGAAGCAAGCCUGUAGAUUUUUUUUACUUUCAAUAAUCAAUUUGUAAUUUUCGAGCGAGUAGAUUGUUAUUGUGCCUUAAACUUGUAUCUUUCAAGUGAAAAACCUGUACUCAGGUUCUCUUUCUAAGCUAGUAUUGUUCAGUUCUAGAUGAGUUGUAAGAAAAGAAUCAAGUUGCUAUUAGUGAAGUUGCUAUGGGCUAUUUUGUGUGAUUAAA